UCGAGCUUCGAACAAAAUCGGCACAAUGAAAGCUUCACUACUAUUCUUUGCAGCAUUUGCUAUUGCCGUAGCUGCAGUAGCUGGCAAUCCUCAGUUCCCAAACAUCGUGGGUCGUCGGCCUAGGCCUCCACCAGGACCACCGCAGCAGAGUAGUGACUCUAGUGGCAGUAACUCGUCCGAAAACGACAACGACGCAUCAGGUGAUUCCGCCGAUAUUGAAACGGCCGGUACCGGCAACCUAGAGAAUAUCGCCUUGCACGUCUUCGGACGCCAUCGGCCAGGACCGGGCCGCUGGUGGAACGUUCCCGGGGGCCCGCCUGUACAUCCAUGGCAUCCUCGACCACCGUUCGGCGGUCAAGGCAAGCCCUGGUGGUGGCCACGUCCACCAUUCGGACGUCGCACAACGACAACCGUUGCACCUACUACAUCCACUUCCGCGUCCGAGUCCUCGACAGCUGAGGCUACUACAACUACUGGAGAUGCUACCACAACGACUGCUGCAUCUACGACAACGGAAUCUACAACAACCGAGGCUGCCACAACUACGGAGGCUGCCACAACAACUGAGGCUACGACAACGGAAGCUGCAACUACCACGGAGGCUUCCGAAUCAACCACGACCGGAUAAAAUUGGCGUUGAAGAAUGUUGAUUUCAAAACAAAGCUGAAGCAUUAUUAAAGCAUGUAACUUGUUACCGCAACAAUGUGCAAUUUUUUAACUAUAACCGAAAAUAUAAACGCAAAUUCCAAACGAAUUU